AUGUAUAGCCUCUUAUCCGAGUUAACAGACCUUGUAUUAACUUUUAUUGAGUGUGAUAGGAAGGGAAAUGAAAAUAAAUUCAGGAUUCCAUCAAAAUAUAAACUCGUCUCAAAAGAUAGUAAAGUGGAAGUCGCUCGAGAUUCCGCACGUUCCUUAUUAUUCAAGGGAGGAAUGGCUCAAGAUUAUAGCAAAUUGAAUGAAGUGACUGAAGAAACUGAGGAUAGUUUCAUGUUUGAGGCCUUUGACGGCUUUCUUAAAGUAGUAAAUUUCGUGUUACUACCUUCUCCCUUUCCUCUAAAGUACUACGAGAAGUGCUGCAUCAGUUCUACCAUUUUAACUGAAGUUGUUGACGAGAUGUCAGUGAAUCUACAACUGUUGAACGAGUUGUUUGAACCUAUUUUGAAGUACGACAAGUUUGUAAGGGACUUGUUGAGUAUAUCUAACGAGGUGUACGGCCCAGGUGGUAGGAAUAUAACUGAGGAUCUGAGGACACACAUAUCUAGAUCGGACUAUUUUAUACACGUUGAAAACCUGGAUAGGGAGUCGUAUGAACGAGAAUUCUGUAGAUACUGUCAAUACGACCACUGUCUAUGUCACUUUGGACGCACAGCUACCUCAGGCGACGAAAAACCAGAUUUCAAACUUGUGGAAAUCAAUCUCGGAGCGGCAUCGGUUUCUUAUCAUUCUGGUCAAACCUGCAAAGUCCACGAUAAGGUCUUAACGACUUCUAUCAUUGAUUUACACGAGUCUGAUAAGGAGAAGACUGAUAAGCUUGUGUCAGAGAAGAAAACGUUGCACAUGAACAACGACCCAGACAGGUCAUUCACACUACCAAUAUCAGAGUCACACAAGGCGUACCUGAACAAAUACACCCCAAUCUUCGGUCAAAAAAGAGUGUGUGUGUUCUUGAUAACAAAAGAUAACCUACACAAUUACUACGAUACAUACUUUAUUUCUAAUGAUCUUUAUGAGAAGUAUGACACUCAUGUUAGGACCGUAUGUGGCCAUCAAAUGAUAGACUGGUUAAAAAGGAAGAUGUUGUUUCUUGCCAGCGACUGGGAGUAUAACCCAGAUGGCACUGUUAGAUUUACAGAUUACAGCUGCUACGGCUCUAAACUAAAGCCAGGAAGACUAGUGUUAAAUUUAGAUCCACAAUCCAACAAUUUCGAAUCUUUAAACACGUCAAAAGCUUGUUUUGAAAUAAGCACACUUUAUUAUAGAGAUUUCUUUGAUGCCGAACAGAUGGUUACAGAUGAUCGAGUUUAUGUGAGAAAAUUUCUUGAGUAUUCCGACUGUGUCAAAAUUCCCAGCGCGCCCAUACAACUAGUUAAUACUAAAAGGGCUCAAAUGUAUUUUAGCAACCCAAAGCAUAUAGAUGAGCUACUAUCCUCAUACAACAAAAGAGUCAAGGGUGUGAAGAGAAACAAAGGUUUAUCUGACCUGGUCAAAGGAACAUCGAUGCUCCAAGUGGACCCAUCGUUGGAAAGCAGUGUGGAAGUAGUCAACGAUGCAAUCAAAAACCCACACAAAUAUGUUUUAAAAGCUAACAGAGAGGCAGGAUCAGGCUGUUUAUUUGGCAAAGAUAUAACUUUGAAAUUGAAGGAGUCCAUGAAUGAUAAAGAAGAAUUAUCUCAGUAUGUUUUAAUGAAAAAAAUAUCAGUUCCUUCGCAACCGGGACUGUUCGUCAAACAUUUAAAAAAUGGGUCAUUUGAAGUCUUUGGCUACCAUUCGUUGACAGAACUGGGAAUAUACCACUAUGCUCUAUACGACGGCAACGAGUGUAAGGUCAACGAAGCAAACGGGUACCUCGCCAGAACUAAACCAGAGUUUGCAACUGGAGGAGGCGUUUCAGCCGGAUUUAGCUAUGUAAAUAGUAUUUUAUUUUUUUAA